UUUUAAAAUGGAGCGUAGAGAGCGUGGAGACCCAGAAAAUUCUGAAGACCCUACAGAAGGCAGAAGAAGAGAUAGGACUAAACCGAGAAAGAGAAGAUUUGAUAGUGGUCCUGACCCGGAGAAGAUUAAGCAAGAAAUGCUUAAAGGGAGAGAGCGAGAUUAUCAAAAGAAUCAAGAUGAGGAAAAGGAUAAAGCUUUAUCAAAUCCUGCCUCAAAGAAGCCGAAUUAUGUGGGAAGUGAUAAGCAUGCCAAAAGAGCAUAUAUUGGAACCAGGCGCUCAAAAUACGUAGACCAGUUGAUUAUGAUAAGAACUCAGAAGUUCCUCCCGAGUAUCCGAUCCCAAAGCUAAAUCUUGCUGCACUCGGCAUAGUUACGACUAAUGUUGAGGACUCUGAACUGAAGCUCUACGUGGGAGGCUUGCCCAUCAGCAUGGACGAAGAAAAACAAAGGCUUUGCCUUUUGAGAAUACACAGAUAAAGUAUCGACUGAAGCAGCAAUCCAGUACCUAAAUGGGUAUAAAAUUGAUGGAAAACCACUCGUGGUGAAAUAUGCCAAGGGCAUGAAUGUUCCUACUGACAAUUCAGAUGAUCCUGGAGAUGUUGGACUCAGUGAUUAUGAUAGAUUGAAGAAGCAGAUUGAUAAUAGAGCAAAGAAGGAGCAGGAAGAGAGACUCAAAAGACAGCAAGAAUUAGAGAGAAAAAGACAGUUUGAGAUCUUGAGUAAUGGAUACAAGCAACAGCAGCAAUCAAAAGCUAUGGCAUCAACUACUGGGCAAAUAAAUAAGCCACCAAUGGGAACUCCAGGAAUGGUUGGAGCAGCUCCUCCAAUGAACCAUCAUCCUCCCCCACCUCAUAUGCCUCAAGGAAUGCCUGGAAGAUACCCUCCUCAUGGCUAUCGACCUCCAGUUCCACAUGCUGGAAUGAGACCUCCUCCAAGAGGAGCUCCUGGUUAUAGAGCACCAAUGAGAUACCCUCCUGGUCCUGGGUAUCGUCAUCAUCCAGGAUAUAGACCUCCCCCACAGUAUCCUUACCCUCCUCCUUCACAACACCCAUACCCGCCUCCUCCACAAAAUCACGGAGCCCCUGGGGGAUACCCUCCACGCCCUUAUGGAGGAGCUCCUGGUGGUGCAAACCCACCCUAUCCACCUCCUCCAGGAGCUAGACCUCCAGGAAACUAUCCAAGAGGAGGUUACAGACCAGACGUACCAAAAGGCCCUCCACCUAAAAGACCAGACCCAUAAAGCAAGGCAUAUUUUUGGACUAAAUUCAAUGCAAUA